AGAUCAGCACGCGCUAGUCCAAACACUUCCACAGUGACGUAAAUGAAGGUCUUUUGCGCUGGUUUUCCUCGUAUCUUGGAGUGCCUGAGCUGAGCUCGUGCAGCUUUGUGCCUUCACCACAAGCAAAGCCGUUUUUCACGGAGGGUUAGGGGUUCGCUUCCUGAGAGGAACAACCCGUGGAAGCUCCGCGUGAUGCUCGUUUCUUUUUUUCGGACAGCUGGCACCUGACCUCCACCAGACAAGCCGCCUCUCGCGGUCCUCCCGCCCCUCCGCGCGCGCACCGAGCAGCGCGGCCGUCGGUAACGGGAAGAUGGCAGAGCGGCAACAGCAGAAGCACGAAGGCAGGGUCAAGAUCGGACACUACAUCCUCGGCGACACGCUGGGAGUGGGGACGUUUGGCAAAGUGAAGAUUGGAGAGCAUCAGCUGACUGGACAUAAAGUGGCCGUGAAGAUCCUGAACAGACAGAGGAUCCGAAGCCUCGAUGUUGUGGGAAAGAUCAAACGGGAGAUCCAGAACCUCAAACUCUUCAGACACCCGCACAUCAUCAAGCUAUACCAGGUAAUCAGUACUCCAACAGAUUUCUUCAUGGUGAUGGAGUACGUGUCUGGAGGGGAGCUGUUUGACUACAUCUGCAAAAAUGGGCGGGUGGAGGACCCAGAAGCUCGGCGUCUUUUCCAGCAGAUCAUUUCAGCCGUGGACUACUGCCACCGGCACAUGGUGGUGCACAGAGACCUCAAACCUGAGAACGUCUUGCUUGAUGCCAAUAAAAAUGCCAAAAUUGCAGACUUUGGACUGUCCAACAUGAUGUCAGACGGGGAAUUCCUGCGAACAAGCUGCGGCUCACCAAACUAUGCAGCUCCAGAGGUCAUCUCCGGAAGGCUGUACGCAGGCCCGGAGGUGGACAUCUGGAGCUGCGGGGUGAUCCUGUACGCCCUGCUGUGUGGCACCCUGCCCUUUGACGAUGAGCAUGUUCCCACACUGUUUAAGAAGAUCAGAGGAGGCGUUUUUUACAUGCCAGAGUACCUGACCCGCUCUGUGGCCUCACUGCUAAUGCUCAUGCUACAGGUGGAUCCGCUGAAAAGAGCCACCAUCAAAGACAUCAGGGAACAUGAUUGGUUUAAGCAGGACCUGCCAGGUUACCUGUUCCCGGAGGACUCGUCGUACGAUUGCACUGUGUUGGAUGAGGAAGCUGUUCGAGAAGUGUGUGAGAAGUUUGAAUGCACAGACUCUGAAGUGGUGUCCAGCCUCUACAGUGGAGAUCCACAGGAUCAGUUAGCGGUGGCGUAUCACCUCAUCAUAGAUAAUCGACGCAUCAUGACGCAGGCCAGCGAGUUCUACUUGGCAUCCAGUCCUCCACAGGGCUCUUUUAUAGAGGAGGGUAUGCCAUUGCCCCCUGGGGUCAAACCCCACCCAGAGAGGAUGCCUCCACUUAUGGCUGACAGCCCCAAGUCUCGAUGUCCUCUGGAUGCUCUCAACACCACCCGGCCUAAACCGCUAGCAGUGAAGAAAGCCAAGUGGCACCUGGGGAUCAGGAGUCAGAGCAGACCCCAUGACAUCAUGACGGAGGUGUACCGGGCUAUGAGGCAACUCGCUUUUGACUGGAAGGUGGUGAACCCAUACCAUCUGCGUGUGCGGAGGAAGAACCCAGUGACGGGAAACCUGGUGAAAAUGAGCCUGCAGCUCUACCAAGUGGAUAACAGAUCCUACCUCCUUGACUUCAAAAGCAUUGAUGAUGACAUCCUGGAAGCAGUGGGCUUUAAAUCGGGGUCGUCCACUCCUCAGAGGUCCGGCUCCACUGCAGGUCUCCACAGACCCAGGCUGAGCAUUGACUUUGCAAGCCCAGCCAACGAUGUGCCUCAGCUUAGCUCCUCCCUCCCGGGAUCGCUGUCCGGCAUUUCCCCCCUCCUCUCCCCGCGGCAGGGAUCGCACACCAUGGACUUCUUUGAAAUGUGUGCCAGUCUGAUCACCACGCUUGCGCGCUGAGGUGUGUUGACCUUUGCUGUCAGCAGAAUGUUGGGUUGAAAGUAUCUGCCGAUCUGGGAGGUGGAGAACUAAAUGUAGUGUUUGUAUAGCGUGCAGAAAGGAAAGAGGGAGACAAACGGUCAUUUUUUUGUGUCAAUACUAUUGUUCGGUCUGAGAAAACAGAGCCUGAGAUCCCACUCUGCUCAUGAUGUCACUGAAGCAGAGAAGCGUGAAGGAACAGGUCAGUGUCGUGUCAAAAACAACAUCUGAUGGUAAAACCUGCAGCGGUGUCCACGGCAACACCACUCCAUCGGGGGUUUUACUAAAGAAGCUUUGGUUAUGUUUCUUAUUAGAAAGCUUUAAAAGUGUUGACACACAAGCAUCAUUUAUUCAUCACGCAAAUAAUGCAAUUAUUUAGGUAUCAAAUGGUUAUUUAUUUUUGAAAAAAAUUACAAAGUUUGUCCUUUAAACAUUUCAUUAAACCAAAGGUCAAUCUGAUUUAAAGGUAGAAUGUAGAUAAAAACAACAAAACAAGGUGCAUUAUCGCCGUGACUGCGUUAGCUGGAGCAGCAGAGCUUGUCGACGUUUUUUCCUUUCGUUUGUUCAGGAGCUGCAGUGAGUCCCUGGUGUCGGGACACAGGCGUGAUUGUUCACACAACAGCAGCAGUUACUAACUAACACGCAGCACGUCAUCUGUUUGUAAGUGCUGCUCGAUUAGCACAGUAAAGCCUUUAGCCACCGCUCCUACGGGGGGAUGUGGGCUCUCUGCAGGUGGAAAAUGGGUAAAUCUGUACAGGGCACGGAGGAAAUAUCAAGGUCAUACCCCGCCCAGUGACCCCGAAGAGCAAAAAUGUUCAAGCACAUUUAUUCUACGAGCAUUCUGCAAGGAAACCAUUAUACGAAACGUAAGGGUAAGGUGAAGGGGAGGUAGGUGAGACGCAGGCGUGUCUCACAGAUUUUUUACCCCAGGACAAAGUGACAUUACUUCUACAUCUAAGCGUAUCACACCUCAACAAACAGUAGAGUGUAGCGUAAGGUCAUCGUACAACAGCAUCACCCGCAUGUCAUGAGUACGUGGAACUUACAUCAUCACUACGACUACUGUUCAAUAGACUUAUCACACCCGUGGCAAUGGUACGUUCCAUUUUCAUGACAUCCCUGAAGGUGGCGUCGCGAGCCUGAAGGGAACUGCAAGACACACCUGCGCUCCCCUUAAGAUGCAGCCCCUCCUCUCUACGACCCUCCAUGGGCCCGGACAGCCCAAAAACCCGCAGCACCUGUAGCCUUUAGAUUAUGAAAAAUAGUUCAGAAACACACUGAACCCUAUUGUCUCCCUUAUCCAGUGUGUAGAUAGUGGACACAGAAGGACAACGGUUGGGUGAAAUGGUGUGUAUGUCCUGCAGGAGGAGAUAAGCCACAACCCCCUUUUUCCAGCUGCCUGAGAAAGUGCAACUCAUUGAUUUGUGCAGGUGGAAAUGUGUGACCUGAUUGUGUGUGCGUGUGUUUCCUGGAUUUCUUCACUGAUGUUUGGUGAGCUGAAGUUGAAGUGUAGACGCGUGGAGCUUAAAGAGAGGCUGCAGGGGUCGGCCAUGAAGCAGAGCGGGGUCAGAGGACUGCUCCGCCUCCGCUCGGGCUGCACUUCGAAACCUGUCUCCAGGUCAGAUUGGCUCUUCACUGCAUCACACUCCAUCUGUUGUCUGUGUUCACGCUGAUGUCCCGUUUCCGCUCAAACGCUCAUCUCAGAGGCAGAGGAUGUGCUGCAGUGCCUGUUAGUUUAGGUUGUGUGGCUGACUGAAGGGCUUUGUUGUGAUCAUUUAUACAAAUGACAGUGUCACUUUAGUUUUGCAAAAUGUUUCUUCUAAUCUCAGACUUAGUGUGUAGCGGCUCAGAGCCUCUCUGUUUGAGUCAGUCCGGCCUCAAAGGUCGCGCUGCUGAUUCCGGCUGCAGCAUCUCAACAUUCUCUUUGGGUUAUUCUGGCAAAUGAAAGUGGAGCCCUGAGCAAGUGAGAGGCAAUAAGUCCUGGGGCCUGCUUUUGAUGGGGUGAACAUGCAGGGUUUGUUGCAGCACUGCUGUCCUGUUCUCUGCUGCUGAACACAAGUGGAGCGAGGGCUUUUUCACAGCCGGUCAGGCCUCCGCUGAAGCUGCGACCUUCCUGGGUUUCCGUCUCUGACUCUGCUGCCUUUCUGCUCAUGCACACAUGCAACGUCCGUGCACACCUGCCUGUGUGUGCACGGAGCAGCCAUCCCUCUGCCAACAUGGAAGCACGCCUGCUUCAUGAUUACUGUCAGACACAGCAGCUACGCAGCCACAAGCGGCACGCUGGUUCUGGAAGCUGGUCUGGAGCAGAACCACAUCCGACACCAAAGUGAGUGGGGAACUGAAUAGCCGUGACCUUUAACCCCUCCCUGUCUGCCCCCUGUACACGGCGGCUCCUGGGGGACGUGCACAGACGUGAACUCUGGAUUGGUUUUGCCGUGCGCUGCAUGAUCCUGCUGUUAUGAUUUGCACUUUAAUGAGUAUUUAUUGACAAUAAAGACAAAGAUACAAAAACAA